AUGAACAUAACCAUGCUUGUUGUUCGUCAACCUAGGCUCUGCAUUAGCUAUCUAUAGCGGACGCCGCUGCGUCGCCGUAUCCUCUCCGUUUAAUUUAACGGGCGAAGACGACGAAUAAGUAGAGCACAAAAUGGAAGCCCUAACCUUCGCCGGCGACAGCGACGGCGAAGGCCUCCUCUGCGCCGUCCCCGCCGCGGUUAAUGGAGGCGACCCUCUUCUCCACCCCCCUCUGGCCCCCGAUUCCGCACCGAUCGCCUCCACUCCUCUCGUGGGCAUCCACCCCGACGCCACCUUCUCCCUCUUUGACUCCAGCGACGAGGGAGGCGACGGCGUCCACGACUCGAUCACCUCUCCACUCUCCCACGCUGCGCCUUCUCGAGCUGGCCGAUCCUCGGCCUCCGAGUACUUCAAUAUCUCCGUCUCCGACCCACAGAAGGAGCAGGAGGCUGCCACUUCCAUCGUGCCUGGCUCCGGAUCCUUCGUAUCCUACCUCAUCACCACCCGGAUCGUCGGCGGCCAUGCUGAGAUUCGCGUCCGCAGGCGGUUCAAGGAUGUCGUUGCCCUUGGCGAUCGCCUCGCUGAGGCGUAUCGUGGGUACUUCAUCCCACAGCGUCCAGACAAGAGCGUAGUCGAGGGACAGGUAAUGCAGAAGCACGAGUUCGUUGAGCAACGCCGCUCUUCCAUCGAGAAGUACCUCAAUCGUCUCGCUGCCCAUCCGGUGAUCGGAAGGAGUAACGAGCUCAGGAUAUUUCUUAGGUUGCCUGGCAACUCGCUUUUACCCGUGAGCACAGAGGCGUCAUCAAGAUCAGGAGGAAUGGGGAUGCUGCCAAAUCUGGUCAUUGGCGAGGCGAGAGGGAAUGCGGAGGCGAUGACGCAAAACGCUGUUCAACCGGCAAAGGGGGGAAGGGAUUUUAUGAAGAUAUUCAGAGAACUCAAGCAAUCAGUGAUAAAUGAUUGGGGAGGCGCAAAGCCCUUGGCGGUAGAGGAGGAUCAGGAGUUCCUGGAAAGGAAAGUGAAGGCGCAAGAUCUAGAACAGCAGCUCACAACUUCUUCCAGGCAGGCUGAGGUGCUUGUCAAAGCACAGCAGGAUAUUGGAGACACAUUCGGUGAGCUAGGCUUGACAUUCGUCAAGAUUGCAAAAUUUGAAACAGAAAAUGCCACUCAUUUAUCACAGAGAAGAAGAGCUGCUGAAAUCAAACAGUUUGCAACUGCAGCUCUGAGAACAAGUAGAUUCUAUCGAGAAUUAAAUGGACAAACAGUCAAACAUCUGGAUAUUCUCCAUGAAUAUCUGGGCUUGAUGCUAGCUCUGCACAGUGCAUUCUCAGAUCGUUCAAGUGCACUGUUGGCAGUCCAAACACUUACUACAGACUUGUCUUCCUUGCAUGCACGGAGAGAGAAAUUGGGAGCAUCUUCAAUACGAUUUGGGGACAGAUCUAACCUUCAAAGGAUAGAAGAGCUGAAAGAAACAAUAAGAAUCAUGGAAGAUGCUAAAAUCUGUGCUAUUAAAGAGUAUGAGUGUAUAAAGGAAAACAACAGGAGUGAACUUGAGAGGCUGGACAGGGAGAGACGCGAGGAUUUUAUAUUGAUGUUUAAAGGAUUCGUUGGUAAUCAGGUCAGCUAUGCGGAAAAGAUGGCAAACAUGUGGGCAAAUGUGGUCGAAGAAACAAAGGGCUAUCACAAGUCAGGGUAAAUAAUUUCAUUUCAACAUCACUUGUAUAUUUAAGAUUUAUCCCUAUUCUAUACUGCGGCAUGUAUACUAGGUCUUUUAAGCCAGCAAGUUCUGAAUAAACUCUGUUUUCUUGGAUUUAAUUAUGCAAUUUUGACUUGUAUUUCAGAUCCGUAGAAUUGGUCACUAGAAUUUUAAGUGUGACAUUUUGUUGCUUUUUUUUUUUAUGAACAUUGUGUAUGGUGUGAAAAUUAGGGAUAUGCUAUAUUUUGUGGUUGUGCAUCUAGAA